AUGGCACAAGUGCAAUCAGACUAUGACCAGCUGAGACAGACGUUUGCUGUAGUGAGCCAGGAGAGAGACGUGGCCCAGCAGCAGAGGAGCCAGCUCCAAGGCAAAGUGGAGAACCUGGAACAGGUUCUAAAGCAUAUGCACCAGUCUGUCGAGCUGAAGCAGCAGCUGCAGCUAGAGCAUGAGCAAGCCUUGGUGGCCCUUCACACCAAGCAGAAGGAGAUCAAUCAACUGCAAAAGGUCAAGGUUCAUGACCUGGAGCAGAAAUGCAGGUCACAGAGUGAACACUACCACCAGCUGUCAAAAGAGCUGUUGAAUUUCCAUUUGCAGUCGGACACCUUGGAUAUCCAGAAAGUUCAACCCAAUUCCACGUCCCAAAUCCCCGUCUCACCACAGAGGAAACUCCCACAAGUCCGCGAGGGAUUCGAAGCACACACAGAGACAGGCAAUGAGAACACGGCAAACACGCCGCUACUGAUCUCCCAGUUCUUACCCUGCACAACACAGACUGGAGACAGAGAAAGACCAGAACUGCUGUCUGUCAAAUCCAGCACCAUAACAACGGACCGCCCCAGCAGCCCUCGAAAGCUCGCCUCCUCCGAGAUGGAGGAUGAGGCCAGCCCAUCACCCAGGUCCAAGCCUCGCUACACAGGCCAGGUCCGCCUUUGCACUGCCCGCUACAGUUAUAACCCUUACGAUGGACCAAACGAGCAUCCUGAAGCAGAGCUCCCCCUUGUGGCGGGAAAGUAUCUGUACGUGUAUGGAAACAUGGACGAUGAUGGCUUCUAUGAGGGGGAGCUGCUGGAUGGCCAGCGAGGACUUGUUCCUUCCAACUUUGUGGAGUUUGUCCAGGACAAGGAAAAACCAGCGAUUCAGUCUGGAGAAGAAGGGGAAGACCUGGGCCCACUGGACCAUACAAAUAUGGCUUUGGUUCCAGUGGAUGGAGGUGCCUCCCAGGAUGGCCUCUUGGGCUUGUCUAACGCCUUGGUUCCCUGUAGCAAUGGGACAGGGGGGCCACUGGACCCUGAGGACCUGGCUGACGAUGUUGUGCCUUAUCCCCGAAAGAUCUCCCUGAUCAAGCAGCUGGCACGGAGUGUCAUUGUGGCUUGGGAGCCUCCAAUAGUGCCUUGGGGCUGGGGGAACAUCUCUGGCUACAAUGUGUUGGUAGAUAGGGAGCUCCGUGCCAGUAUAGCGUUUGGCGGCCGGACAAAGUGUUUGCUGGAGAAGCUGGACCUGGACGGCUGCGUUCACCGCGUGUCGGUGCAGAGCGUCACAGACAGGGGCCUGUCCGACGAGCUGCGCUGCACCUUGCUGGUGGGGGCCAACGUGGUGGUGGCUCCGUGUAGUCUGCGGGUGGAUGACAUCCAGCGUGACACUGCCGAGCUCUCCUGGUUGCCUAGCAACAGUAACUAUGGUCACACUGUGUUCUUGGACGGGGUAGAACAUGCAGUGAUGAAGCCGGGGAGGUAUAGACUACGCUUUCUCAACCUAAAGCCACUGACUGUGUACAAAGUGACAGUGAUGGCACAGCCGCACCAGGUGCCAUGGCAACUACCGCUGGAGCAGCGAGAGAGGAAAGAAGCUGGGGUGGAGUUCUGCACUCAGGCUGCAGGCCCUCCCCAGCCCCCUAUUGAUGUACAGGUACUCUGUGGGCAGGCUCCAGGGGUGCUACAAGUCCGCUGGAAGCCUCCCAACCUCACUUCCACGGGCACAUCGAACGGGGCGAACGUAGUUGGCUACGCAGUCUGCACAAAAGGCCAGAGGAUAGCAGAGGUGUUGUACCCACAGGCAGACUAUGUUACUGUCGAGCUGACGAGGAUUCAGUGCCUGGAGGCUCGGGAAGUGAUCGUCAGGACGCUGUCCGUGCAGGGAGAGUCCCAGGACUCCCAAGUCGCCGUCAUUCCAAACAACCUGCUAGUGCCUCUUCCUGCGAUUCCCCUGCCACCGCCAAUGCACCCCCAUGCAGGCCCUCCUCCUCCCCCACAUCCCCACGCUCAACCCCACCUCCAAUCGCCUCACCACCCCCAUGCCACACCCCAAUCCUGCUCCCCCCCAGGCACACGGACAGCCGCUCCAACCCCAUCCUGCACACAAUCAACCCCAUCCCAGACUUCCUCAUCCAGGUGGACCCCCGCAACCCCAGCUUCGACCCCCACAUCCUCACCCCCGACCCCUGCUUCUUCAGCCCCGACAACCCCACCAAGGUCCCAGGCCACAGCACCAGCUGCCUCUGCUACCCCACCCCCAACACCAUCCUAUACCUCAGAGACCAGUAUGUGCCAGAGACCUGGAUGCCAAAGACCACGCAGCCCACCACGGGGGAGCUGUUCAGCCUGGACAGCCUGGCUGGGACCCCACACGUUCACCCUCUUCCCAGCCUCCCGUGCCCAUGCAAGGCCACACCCUUGCGGCCCCACCACUGCCAAUCCUCGCUCCCCGUCCCCACAGAGGAUUCUGCCGCAGCCCCGGGGGACACUCAUUCCAGACACCGUGGCCAAAGCCAUCGCUCGAGAAGCAGCGCAGAGGGUGGCAGCAGAAAGUGGCAAGCAGGGGGAGAGGCGGCAGGGCAGGUAUGGGGAGCAGGGUCAUUCGUUUCACCAGCAUCACUCUGACGAGGAAGAGGAGGAUGAAGAAGGCUUUGGGCGCGGGCGUCGGAGAGGACCCACAGUUGAUGAGUUCCUACGAGGCUCUGAGCUGGGGAGGCCGCCUCACUAUAGUCACAAUGAAGAUUAUCACAGCGAGAGCAGCCGGGGGUCUGACCUGUCUGACAUCAUGGAAGAGGAUGAGGAGGAGCUGUACUCUGAGAUGCAGCUGGAAGAGGGACGCCGGCGCAACUCGCACAACACACCCAAGACCAACACUUCUGCUGGAGGCCGUCAUGACCGGGAGGCUGGGAGAAGAACUCAUCACGGCGGUUCCCAGCCUCAAAGAAGGCCGCUAAUGGUCCCCUCCAUUGAUGGUUACAGGGACCGGGAUCGCCGCUCACCCACAUACUAUGAUGAGUCGGAGCCCGAGGAAUCCUUCCGGAUCUUUGUGGCCCUCUUUGACUACGAUCCUCUGUCCAUGUCCCCCAACCCGGACGCAGCCGAUGAGGAGCUGCCCUUCAAAGAGGGGCAGAUCAUUAGGGUGUACGGUGAUAAAGAUACAGAUGGGUUCUACAGAGCAGAAGUGAGGGGCAGGAUGGGGCUGAUACCCUGUAACAUGGUGUCAGAGAUCCGAGCAGAGGACGAGGAGACCUUGGACCAACUCAUGAAACAGGGCUUCCUGCCGCUCAGCACACCUGUGGACAGGAUAGAGCAGAGCAGAAGAGGACUCCGUCGAGAUCAGGCCUCAAGGAGGAUGGUGGCUUUGUACGACUACGACCCCCGAGAGAGCUCGCCUAACGUUGACGUGGAGGCUGAGCUCACCUUCUGUGCUGGUGACAUCAUUGCUGUAAGUGGAGAUAUCGACGAGGAUGGAUUCUAUUAUGGUGAGAUGAAUGGCCACCGUGGUCUGGUUCCUUCUAACUUCCUGGAAGAAGUGCCUGAUGAUGUGGAGGUGUAUCUGACUGAUACUCCGUCCCACUACCCCCAGGAAGAGCCUGCCAACCGGCCCCCUGCCAACUCCGCCGCCACCGUCUCCGAGAGCAAACGGGUUACAGCAGAAACCACCGACACCGUCGACAAUGAGGCCGCCCCUGUGCGUGCCCCGUCCCCGAUUGUCAGGCCCCUCCUCCCCGGCACCAUGAGACUCUUGAGCCCUACGAGGGUCCCCCACAUGCCACUGGACCCCCGGGACUCCCAAGAUCUGGCCAACAAGAAGAAGAAGGGACUACUUUCUAAGGGGAAGAAGCUGCUGAAGAGACUGUCCCCUGUGAAAUAAUACAAAAAAAAAAAAAAAAAAACGUGCAGCGUACAUGUACAAAAAGCGUACACAUGCUGGGCUCUGUAUAUUGCAUCCAUACAAUCAACUCUGAUCCAACAUCACAUGACAGAGAGGAUGUGAGCUCUGAAUCCUGGACUGUGUGAGCCUGUUUGAAUAUAACCAGUGAUAUAAUUAUUCAUGUGUGGUGAUGAUACAAAUCAACUAAAUUAUGUACAGUGCAGUGCCAAAAUCACGAGAGGUAACCUACAGACACAAGAUGAAUUACUGUGAUGUAUUCAUGACUUUGAAAAAAAAACCAAAAAAAAACUAGGAUUUUCAUGACAUUUUCCUUUUCUUUAUUUUGAACAAACUACACAUUUAUUUGACGCAGGGCCGCUGUGAAAUUAGAGCAUGUGGUUACAUCUUCAGUUUCUAUACAAUUACCAAAUUUCUUAUUUUAAGGAUUAUCGAUGUCACCACAAGGAAACAGAAACCAUACUCCUCUAGCAAAAUCUCCAGAAGACUACACUGUAAUCGAUUGCAUUCUUGUCAAGUAAUGCUUGCUGCUAACUCAAAGGCUUUAUUCAGUGCAAUAUCAAGACGGAGGUGGUAGCAUACGGGGUACCAGAUUGGCAACAGGGCAUUACAAUCCGAGACACUUGGCAAGCUUUUUGCAUGUCUCAGUGGCCUUUUAUGAAAACAAAAUGAGCGUGACACUCCUCGUUUGAUCAACGACUAUUUCGUUUUGUUUCAUGACUUGUUCUUUGUUUGUUUCUGAAGGGUUUGUUUGUUUCGUCCUCGCUGUCAAACUGUCAUGAAACGCCUAGUUCAAGACUCAAAUUUGUGUCCGUCUUCCUAUUGCACAAAAGUGGGUGUGUUUUUUUUUUUGGGGGGGGGGGGGGGGUUGGUAAAAGAUAUGUUUAGUGUGCCUGUGUGAAUGAGUACGUGCUGCAUUCAUGCUUUGCACUUUUUUUUAUGUUUCUUGGUCAGAUUUCGUUUAUCCAAAGGAGAGGCCAUGUAGUGAUUGAUUCCUGUGAUGUGGUGAUGUACUGCUACCUCCAUCGCCUGUGCACUGUUAAGUUCUGUCUCAUGUUGAUGUAAAGGGUCAUGUUAAAGCCUCGUGGAAAUGACACAAUCAAAAAGUCAAAGUGCAUUUUCCUCUGUGUUCGGUUUCAUCUGUAAUGGGUCUGUAGAGAGAGCUCACUCUCAGACCUCUCAUACCUGAUUAUUUCAUGCUCAUACCAUAAAAAAGGGAUCAUGUCGUCCACAGUGUAAUAACAUCUGAGGGGAACAGAGUAAAAGUUAUUCCUAUGAUCUUGUUUAAUUCAAGCAGAUGUACCCAAAGCCAGAGUCGGGAGAACACAGACACCAAUAAUUACUCAUGCCAAAUAUCUGUCGCUGCUUCAUUUACUUUGUUAUCUCACUAAAUGUUUCAUAUCUGUAGUAGAGUCUACAAAGACAAACAAAAACUCUUUGCGUAGUGCCAUAAAAGGGCUGGCAGCAGAAAGUGUAAUUGCAUCAGUAGAGAUGACUUCAUUUCCUGCAGUCUGUCCCACUCUGUGUGAACUGAUUUCUUUCUUUGUCAGUUUAUAAGAUCCAAAACAUGUGUCUUAAUUUAGUGUUGUAGUCAAGAGCACACUAAUCAAGACCAAACAUACCCAAUACCAGAGUGCUCCAAGACAAGAUCAAGACAAGACCGAGACAAGAUCAAGACAUUUAGGGAUCGAGACCAAGUCAAGACCAAGGCAGGGCGAGACCGAGGCAAGACCAAUACCAUAAAUAUCACUGAAAAAUCAUCUUGUGUACAGUGGGCGUGUCACACACUUAGACCGUAAAAUCGGAAAGGUUGUGACUGUAACUGGGGGAUAAAAAUCAAUGAAUGAAUUAAUGGAAUUAUUCAUUCUCUUAAAAAGGGGAGUUUUCAUUCUUAUCAUAUCAAAAUUGCCUUUCAGUUGUGGUCUUGGUCUGAAUUUAAAAUCUGGAGUCCGCCCAGUCUGAGACCGAGACAAGACCGAGUAAAAAUGCUUUUGAUUACGAGACGAGACCAAGGUCUUCAAAAAGUGGUCUUGAGACGAUUGUGAGUACUACAACACUAAUCUUAAAACAUGUUAGGCUGCAUGUAGAGACAAAAAAGGAACUCAAUGGGAUUAAGGAAAGUGAAAAUCAGCAUCACACUGAAUUAUUCCAGUAACACUUAAAAAAAAAAUCUAAUCAAUAAAACACGGUAAAUUGAUAGUUAAUUUACUUUAUGAAAUAGUUAUUUGACUAUUAACAAGCAAUUAAACGAUAAAGGAUAUUGUUUACUAGAAAUAAGCCAUGCUCUUAUUUGUGCUUUUUCAUCAUCAGUUUGUGUUAAAUAAAAUCAUUACUGUAUAAAUGAUAUAUUUUUAUUAUAUCUCAUAGUAGACAAUAUAGAUCACUUUGGGAUUAGAAAUUUGAUAGUAAACCAUUUACAUAUAGACUGAUUUAUAUACUUUAUAUCAGGGCCCAACCGAUUUGUGAUUUUUUGGGUCCAAUACUAGGGAGAGAAAAAAAAUCAUAUACCGAUAUCAUUCUUUGAUCUAUCUCAAUCUGUAGAGAUAAUAUAAAUAUACAAAUUAUUCCAUAUAGUGCCCUUGGCUGGUGAAAAAUAACUGCCAGUGUAAUACAAUGAAACUGAAAUUAAAUGCUAUUUGACUGGUAUAAUAAAUCUAAUAUCAGCACAUAUUUGCGAUAAAAGUAGCCGAUACCGAUAGUCACUAGAUAUGUUAAUAUCGGCUGAUAUCGGCUGGGCGAUUAAUCAGUCGCGCUCUGUUUUAUAUACUGUCUUAGGUAUUUGUUAAUGAUAAACAAAUGAUUGAAAGCUUGAAGAAAUUGUUCGUUCAACGUAUAAGGCAUCUUUAAUAUUGUUUUUAAAUCGCUAGUUAAACUUUGGUGAAUAAUCAGUUUGUAAACCAUUUAUAGCAACAGGAAACAGUAAAAUAACUAUUAGCUACAAUAACUCUCAAUUUACUGUGAAUUAUUGAUGAUGUUUUUUUGUGAAGUGUUACCAUUUUUCCAGAGGUAAAUGUGGUUUGUAGAAUUUUAAUGUUUUCCUGUUUUCUUUUUGUGAUCAGAUUUCUAAAUUUAACCAUUAAAACAUUUACUUUUUAAAUUUUCAUCAGAUUUUGGACGAGGUUAAAUACAAAACUUUAAAGUUUUUGAACUUUAAUGGUAACUUUCACCCUCACUGAUCACAAAUGUGUUAACCUGUUGUCUCUAACACAACUCAAAGCUCUCUCCUGUGUCAGUCACUGGCUUUCGAGGAGAGUGUGUGUGUUUUAUGUACAAGAUCAUAGGAAUGAGGCAGAAUUUCAUGUUUACAGCACAUAUUUAGCACCAAGAAGAAUAGCCUGCAUAUUGUGCGGACAUUUUUUUGUCGUUUGGAGGUGACUGAAAAAGUGCUCAAGACCUGUAUCUAUAACUGGAGUAUAUUUUUCUCAUAGCUUUAACAAUUUUAAAAGUGUGCUCUGUUUUGUUUGAAGGAUCCACUCUCUCCUCCUGAUCUUCAUUCAUUUCCUGCAUCAAGGUGCACUUGAACAAUAAGGCAGAUGUGAGUUCAUUGUGUGAAACAGGGUUUACCUCCUCACUACAUUUUAAUAUCAUUGAAAUGUAUUGACCAGAGAAGGCUUUGCCAAAUUGGAAUGUAAGAAAAGUUUAACAGGAAGUAGGUUUACAUCAGAUUUUUUUUUUAAUGUUCUAAAGCAGUUUUUCAUUCAGUCUGAAAUUCUGUAACACGGUAUCCAUGAAACAAAAAUCAUUCUCUUCUGAAUGGGUGUAGUGUCUCUUAACACUGUAGCUCUUUUGUACUCGGAUCCAUUUGUAGAUACUUUCUAAAUGUUUCUACUUGAUUUUACGACAGCCUUUUUGUUAGUGCACUGAGAUUUCCUCUCCCUGUAACAGACUGCGAGCAUUCUCCAUAGUGUCCUUUGAAAUCAGAUGUAUCAGUCCACCGUAUGUGCUUGCUUUGUGAAUCAGAGUUUCAAAAAAAAAAAAAGAAGAGAAAAAAAAAGAUGAUGAGAAAUCAUUGGACAGUAUUUAUGGUGAUUAAUUGUGUGUGGGUGUGCAUGUGAAAAAAUACAACUUUUAUAACCAAAUUAAAUUUGAUAUUUUUAAAAAAUUAUUUGUAUGUAUUUCUGUGUCUGCUAUACAUUUUCACUCAAGGUCAGAGUGGAUCUGAUGGAUUUCAUACUGCAUAAAAUAUUCCACCCUUUUUACAUCACUUACUUCAUAACACAAACAAAAUUAAAAUUGUGUAUCUUAUUUUGAAAUUAAAUUCUUGUCCCCCUGUCAGUCUCCUCAA